UUUGGCAUUAAAUUUUUUCCGAGGAAAUUCGAGCUUUCCCCCUGUAUUCUCCUCGGCUUCACCGUAAAAAUGAAUGCGAAGUUUGUCCAAAGGAUGAUAAUGACAGUAGUAAUCAUAUUAAAAGGCGUAUGAAGAGCCGUUCCCACCGGCUAGUGCUAGAAACACGUACACUCUGCGAGAGAGAGAGAGAGAUCAGUUUAUCAUAAAAUUCUUUCAUUCCCUGAACUUUUUGUGGAUUUGGGUAGUUAGAACCUUUCGAAAUAGAGGAGAGGGGGAAAACCUUUCGAGAUAGAGGAGAGGAGGAAGAGGAAUGUCUGCAGCACACGAAGAGGCCGCUCUAUCGACCACCAAUUCCGACGAGGGGUUGUCUUUUAAUCCUUGUCUCUCUAACCUUAGAGGUGUCAAGUGGCGUAUCAACUUGGGGAUUUUGCCUUCCGCUUCUUCUCCCAUUGAGGAUCUUCGACGAGCUGCUGCCAAUUCUCGAAGGAGGUAUGCUGAUUUGAGAAAAGACCUUCUUGUUGAUCCAUAUGUUGCCAAAACUCGCUCUGAAGCUGAUAAUCUUGCCGUUGACAACCCAUUAUCACAGAAUCCAGAUAGCACCUGGGGACGCUUUUUUAGAAAUGCUGAGCUGGAGAAAAUGUUGGAUCAGGAUUUAUCAAGGCUGUAUCCAGAGCAUGGCAGUUACUUCCAGACCCCAGCUUGUCAGGCAAUGCUGCGGCGGAUAUUGCUGCUUUGGUGUCUUAAGUACCAACAAACUCAUUAUAGACAAGGGAUGCAUGAACUUUUGGCACCUCUGUUGUAUGUGCUUCAUGUUGACGUACAACAUUUGGUUCAAUUAAGGAAGCUCCACAGGAACCAUUUCAAUGACAGGUUUGACUGUGUAUCUUUCACGGAGAAUUUUCUGGGAGUGGAUAAGAAGUUCCUACAUGGUAGUUCUUAUCUUUUAACAAAUCGAGCAUUGCAAAAUGGGGCUAGUGAUGGUUUGUCAGGAAGUUCGGAAAAAGUUAGUAGUCUGGAUGAGAUUGAUCCUGAUGUGAGGACUGUCAUAUUAGCAUGUGAUGCAUAUGGUGCAGAAGGAGAGCUUGGAAUUCUUUUGUCAGAAAGAUUUAUGGAACAUGAUGCUUAUUGCAUGUUUGAUGCUUUAAUGACUGGAGCAGGUGGUAUGGUAGCCAUGGCAGACUUUUUUUCUACUUCACCUGCCAUUGGAUCUCUGAUGGGCUUGCCUCCAGUUCUUGAAGCAUCUUUGUCAUUGUACCACUUGUUGUCAUUUGUUGACUCAUCAUUGUAUUUUCAUCUAGUGGAUCUGGGUGUUGAACCUCAGUACUUUGCUUUGCGUUGGCUGCGUGUUCUAUUUGGACGAGAAUUCUUGCUUAAAGACCUGUUGAUCAUUUGGGAUGCUGUAUUUGAAUUACCUAAAGAACCCCUUGAUUGUAAUGAAGAAGAUGACUUUCAGUUUGGAAUAGCAAGGUCUUAUUCUGGAAAAUUUAUUUCAGCUUUCGCUGUUUCCAUGCUUCUCCAACUGAGAUCUUCAUUGCUAGGCACUGAAAAUGCCACUUCCUGUCUUCAGAGGCUGUUGAACUUCCCCCCAAAUGUAGAUGUCAAAGGACUGGUUGAAAAGGCAAGAUCACUACAGGUUCUCGCUUUUGACACUAGUAUUUCUUUGCCAAACUCACCUAGUUUUUACAGAAGCAGAUCAUCAAAUGGAAGAGCCCAUAGUUUAUCUUCUCCUCUUAGAGUCUCAGGUUCACUCUCCCCCGGUACUUUGGUGGGUCUCAUCCCAGAGAGCUACUGGGAACGUAAAUGGAAAACCUCUGUUUUGCAAAGAUCAGGUGUUCAAAGGUGCAACACAAGCAAUCUUUCACCUGAAGAUAGACUUGGAAAAAAACAGACUGCUGAGCCUUUUGCAAAUAACUUGAACAAUGGUAAAGAGGAUCCUCGUGAGCCUAUAAAGAGGAGAUCAUUAGGCUUGGAAGAGAGUGAUCCACGGGGUGUUUCUGGGACUGGAGGCUCAGGUCCUGACUUGGAUGAGAAAAAAGGUCGUGAAGGCCGGAUUAAGGAGAACAAUAAGGAAUUUGCAUGCAUAGUUGUUGAUGAAUGCUUGAGCGGGCUUCCAGUUAGUGAAGAUAAGUUUCCUAUCUUCUCCACUUCCACUGCUUCUCUUGGUCAAGAUGUAGAAAAUGAAAAUUCUUCUGAAAAGAGCAGCACCGAUGCAGUUUUAUCUGAUGAAAUUGGUGAUCCUGAUCCUAGUGCUGUGCAGGAAUCACGUGCUUCAACAAGCCCACAGCAACCUCCCGAUUUUAACUUUACAAAAGCGACAGGAAAAGACGGUGUUUCUAAAGCAGAUGUUCUGGCUACCAGCAACUUAGUUACCGAAAAACAACCGCCCUUCAAAGAUCGCAAAUUAUUUACUAAAUUCCAAUGGUUCUGGAAGUUUGGACGAAAUAGUGAUGAGGGAAAGACUGUUAAAGGAGAUGAUGCUGAGACAAAGAAAACAAAGGCCCAAGUUGUGCACCACUCUGGUUCAGUAAGUGCAGAAAGGUGUCCCGCUUGCUCCCUACCUAGAAGUGGAACAGAUGAUACAGAGAAAAAUUUGAGGGCCACUCUAAGAAAUCUUGGACACUCUAUGACUGAAAAUAUUCAGGUGAUUGAAUCUGCGUUGCAGCCUGAAAGGAGUCAUGUUGGACCCGUGAACAUGCCAAAAAACUCUCUUGGAGUGAAAGGGCAGGUCACAGCCAUAGCAGCACUGAAAGAGCUGAAGAAAAUCAGCAAUCUCCUGUCUGAAAUGUAAAUUGUAUCAUAAAAAAUGCAUCUUGUAGCUUUCCUCAAGCUCUUCUUAUCAAGAGGUGGAAUUAAUUUUAACCUUCUCUGUAAGAUUUAUUCAUGAUGGUGAAAGAGAAACCGGCUUCGGUUUCUCUUAUGAACCAAUCACGUCCCUCUCCUAAAACAUGUAAAGAAGCCUCUGGCCUUCUGUUUUCUUGCUAUAAUGAUACUUGUUCAUAUUAUUGUGCUCCAACUAAUCUUCUGUAUCUUCGACAGUGAAAUUGAACAUUUUUAGUGUACAAAAGCGCCUGGUGUGCGUACCAAGUCAGGGUUGUAAAGUCAAAAGAAGUCGCGACUGCAUGGCUUCUUCGUCAUAUGCAAAAGAAAAAUGGGAAUACCUUUUUGGCUC